CGCGCAUGCGCACUGCGCACCAGCUCCUCUCCUCCUGCCUGACCGUUAGUGACCUCAGUCUCCGCAGCAGAACACAACCUGGACCGGACGGCACCAUAAAUACCACACGGGGAGCGAUGGCCGGGGUUUUCGGGAAGAUCUUUGUUGGCAUUUACGUGGAGAUAAAGCGAAGCGACGGACGGAUACACCAGGCCAUGGUCACAUCGCUGCAUGAAGACAACGACAGUGUGACAGUGGAGUGGAUCGAGAACGGGGACACCAAAGGAAAAGAGAUCGACCUGGAGAGCAUCUUUAUCCUGAAUCCAGACGUCGCUCCUGAUGAAGAAAUACCACAAAGUCCUGAGCCUCCUCUUCCUCCUUCCAAUGUCCCCAAAACCAGCAAAGUCCCCAAGAGCCGACGGACCACAGCGAUUCCCAAACCGGAGAACGCUCCACGAGAGAACAGAGCUGCAGCGGUGGGAACCACCCGGGCUCGACCCAGCCAGCACAGCCAGGCUGCAGAACCACCUCCACCCUCCAUCGUCCCUCAGCCUGCAGUCAACCAGGCGCUGAUCCAGCAGCAGAACGCACGGAGGAAAUCCAACUGUGUGAAGGAGGUGGAGAAGCUGCAGGAGAAACGAGAGAAGAGACGCCUCCAGCAGCAGGAGCUCAGAGAGAAGAGAGCUCAGGAGGUGGAUGUUAACUUACCCAACUACGAGAUCAUGUGCAUGAUCAGAGACUUCAGAGCCAGCCUGGACUACCGACCUCUGACCUCCAACGAUCUGAUCGAGGAGCACAGAAUAUGUGUGUGUGUCCGUGCACGUCCCCUCAAUAAAAAAGAGCUAUCGGUGAAGGAUCUGGACGUCAUCACCAUUCCCAGUAAGGACGUGGUAAUGGUGCACGAGCCCAAACAGAAGGUGGACCUGACCCGCUACCUGGAGAACCAGACCUUCCGAUUCGACUACGCGUUUGACGAGAACUCCACCAAUGAAAUGGUUUACAGGUUCACGGCUCAGCCGCUGGUGGAGACCAUCUUCGAGAGAGGGAUGGCGACCUGCUUCGCGUACGGACAAACUGGAAGUGGAAAAACACACACGAUGGGCGGAGACUUCUCAGGAAAGAACCAGGACUGCUCGAAGGGCAUCUAUGCCCUGUCAGCCAGAGACGUUUUCCUCAUGUUGAAAAAGCCGGUCUAUAAAAAGCUGGACCUGCAGGUUUUUGCCACAUUCUUUGAGAUCUACAGCGGAAAGGUGUUUGACCUGCUGAACCGUAAAGCCAAGCUGCGGGUUCUGGAGGACGGCAAGCAGCAGGUGCAGGUGGUCGGGCUGCAGGAGAGGGAGGUGAAGUGUACAGAGGACGUCCUGAAACUCAUCGAAGUGGGAAACAGCUGCAGGACGUCCGGCCAGACGUCUGCCAACGCUCAUUCCUCUCGGAGCCACGCCGUCUUCCAGAUCAUCCUGCGGCGGCGGGGGAAGAUGCACGGAAAGUUCUCCCUCAUCGACCUGGCGGGGAACGAGAGAGGAGCGGACACGUCCAGCGCCGACCGCCAGACUCGACUGGAAGGAGCCGAGAUCAACAAGAGUCUGCUGGCCCUGAAGGAGUGCAUCCGAGCGCUGGGCAGGAACAAACCACACACUCCGUUCAGAGCCAGCAAGUUAACGCAGGUGUUGAGGGAUUCCUUCAUCGGAGAAAACUCCAGAACCUGCAUGAUUGCAACCAUCUCUCCCGGCAUGGCGUCCUGCGAAAACACCCUCAACACUCUGAGAUACGCCAACAGAGUGAAGGAGUUUGGGAUCAGUCCCUCCGACAUUCCUUUCUCCCAGAGCGGAGGUGGCGGAGGUCGCUCUGAGCUCUCUCCUACCUACGAGGUGAAGGAGCUGACGGUGGACCUGGCAGCACCGAUGGAGUCCCAUCAGGGAGGACACAUCACCCAGCUGGAGGUGCUGGAGGCUCAGUGGGGAGUCGGCAGCUCUCCACAACGAGACGACCUGAAGCUGCUCUGUGAACAGAAUGAGGAGGAGGUUUCACCACAACUCUUCACCUUCCAUGAAGCCGUGUCUCAGCUGGUGGAGAUGGAGGAGCAGAUGCUGGAGGAUCACAGGGCUGUUUUCCAGGAGUCCAUCCGCUGGCUGGAGGACGAGAAGGUUCUUCUAGAAAUGACGGAGGAGGUGGAUUACGAUGUGGAAUCAUAUGCAACUCAACUGGAGCAGAUCCUGGACCAGAAGAUCGACAUCCUCACGGAGCUGAGAGAUAAAGUCAAGUCUUUCCGUUGUGCUCUCCAGGAAGAGGAACAAGCUAGCAAACAAAUAACCCCGAAGAGGCCUCGAGCACUAUAGAAACCUGCGAUUUAACUCCUGACUUGUCCUGCUGCAGAACGAAGGCGCUGACUGAAUUCUGUCUGUGUCCACGUCUGUUCUUCAUCCAUCCAUCCGUAAAAACCAAAGAGCCAACCACGUUGCUCUUCCAUCCUCCUGUCAGUUUAAUCUACAAGGUGUGUGUGUGUGUGUGUAAGUCACAAGUGCUUCAUUAUAAAACAAAAACCCUUUUGUUUUAAAUCAAUUUUAUAGUCAAUCAUUGCUUAACCUUCACUUUGGCCAAUUUUAUAAGCAGCUGUUGCCAUUUUGUGCAAUAUUUGGAGGAUUUUCUUCCUGUUCUUCCCCCUCGUUUCAGCUCAGGGGUAAACAGGACACGUGGACUUCAUGUUCAGACUGUAUGUAAAAACUGGCAAAAAGCUGAAACUAACCCUAACAUGACAUGAAUCAAGCAGAAGGUGCACUGUAACCCAACAUGAAGCCAUCCAGGCGACAUUUAUGUAAACAGAUUUUUCAUUGAUCAAAAUAAACAGACUUCUCCUUC